AUGCUACUUGAAUUUCAAAAACAAAUUUUAACUGAAGUUGUAACAGAAGAUGGCUUAUUGAUCAUUUCACCUGGCUUAGGUUUAUUUCAAAUUUUAUGUUCACUUAUACAAGUUUACUCUAGUGGUAAUCACCUUGUCUUGUUACUUAAUACGACUAAAGAAGAGGAUGAUCUCAUACAAGAACAAUUGAUUGCUAAUGAAGUUUCACAUCCUUUACGUCGUAUUGAAUAUAAUACAUCUAUCGAAAAGAGAAGCAGUAUGUACCGUGAAAGUGGUCUCUUUUCGAUCACCGCGCGUAUUUUAGCUGUCGAUAUGCUGCUUGAUAGAAUUCCAACAACACUUAUUAACGGCAUCAUUAUUGCCAACGCUCAUCGUAUAAAAUCCAACUCAUUGGAGGAAUUGAUCUUGCGCAUCUAUCGAGAAAAAAAUCAAGAAGGAUUUAUCAAGGCUCUCUCUGAUCAUCCGGAAGCAUUUGUGACAGGCUUUGCACCAUUGCAGACAACACUCAAGACCUUGAUGUUACGCAAAGUGCAUCUUUGGCCUCGUUUUCAAGUACUUGUGGCGGAAGGUUUAUGUAAUGCAUCAGAUAAUGUCAUUGAAUUAAGGCAGCCCAUGACAGAAUCGAUGCAAAUUAUUCAACAAAACUUAGUGCUUUGUUUAGAGGAAACAUUGGCUGAAUUAAGAAGGGCAAAUCCAACUGUGGAUGUUGGAGAAUUUACUAUGGAGAAUGCUUUCUUCAAAUCCUUUGAUCAGAUAGUAAGACAACAAUUAGAUCCUAUCUGGCACCGUGUCUCACCAGCAUCUAAACAAUUAGUGGGUGAUUUAAAGAUAUUACGACAAUUAUUAAAUUAUUUGACUGCAUAUGACUGUGUGUCAUUUUAUAGUUUUAUUGAAACUGUAAUUGCAGCUAAUACUUCAUAUGAUGGGAAACAAGUUAGACAAUCGCAAUGGUUAUUUUUAGAGGCAGGCGAUAAAGUUAUUUCGACAGCAAGGAAAAGAGUCUAUGUGAAAGAAGGAGAUUUAGAAUAUAAAGACUUUCCAGAAACUAACAAUAAAGAUGACAGUAUCCCAAAACAUAUCAAGUUGGUUCUAGAAGAACAACCUAAAUGGGCAUUAUUAACGACCAUUUUGGAGGAAAUUGAACAAGACAGUUUACAGUUAAAUGCAGGCGAUGGUGCCCCUAUCUUGAUUAUGGUAUCUGAAAGAAGAACAUGCUCACAGCUGAAAAAGUAUAUUACUGAAAACCACAAAGGUAGUUUUUUGGAUCCAAUUGCACGUAAUUUUUUCAAAUGGAGAUCAACAAUACAUCAAAUGCAAACAACAGUAGUGAAUGAAGCAGCAAUAACCUCUCACCAGUCCAGUUCAUUAAGAGGUAGACCGCCUCCUAAUAAGCGUAGAAGAGUAAGAGGUGGAUCAUCUACUGCAUCAUCUACCAGUGGUCGAGCAUAUACAUUAGCAGAAACAUUUCGAAACGAUGUAAUACAAAACGUUACAGAAUUGGAUACAAAUACACCAGACACAACGGAUAAUGAAGACAAUGAUACAUCCACAUUUCAAGGCAUUAUAGUUCCAGAAGAUGCGAUAUUAACUGAUACCCUAUUACCCACCUUUGAUGAAAUACCCAAUACAUCCCUUCUUACUAUCCAAUGCUAUGAUGAUAAUACUUACGAACAAGUCCUAGAAGACACAGAACCACGUUUUAUUAUUUUAUUUGAUCCAAAUCCUGCAUUUAUACGACAAAUCGAGGUCUAUCGUGCUUUACAUCCGUCUAUUGAUAUUCGUGUUUAUUUUAUGAUCUAUGAAGAUUCUGUUGAAGAGCAAAACUAUUUAAGUUUAAUUCGUAAGGAAAAGGAAUCAUUUGAACGACUUAUUCAUGAAAAAUCAGUCAUGGCAUUACCUUUACCAGAUCAAAGAAGGAAAGAAGCAGAAUUAACUAUUCGUACGAAUACACGUUUAGCAGGAGGUCAAUUAAGAGUUGAAAAAGGACCUCAGUUAAUAACAGUUGAUAUGCGAGAGUUUCGUAGUUCGUUGCCACCUAUUUUAUACGCAGAAGGUGUCAAAAUUGUACCAUGUACGUUACAAGUAGGAGACUAUAUCUUGAGCCCAGACAUGUGUGUCGAGAGAAAGUCUCUAAUGGAUUUAAUUCAGUCAUUUAAUUCUGGUAGAUUAUAUACACAAUGUGAAAAUAUGUCAAUGUAUUAUAAGAUGCCUAUUCUUUUAAUUGAAUUUGAUGAAAACAAGCCAUUUUCAUUACAGGGAACUUCUGAUAUGAGUGAAAAUAUUAGAGCAACUGAUCUUUCUUCAAAACUUGUAUUACUCACAUUAGCAUUUCCUAAAUUACGAAUUAUUUGGUCCUCAAGCCCACAUGAAACCGCAAAGAUAUUCAUAGAAUUAAAGAAAACAGAAGAUGAACCAGAUACAGAAGUAGCAGCGACUAUAGGAACGGAAGAAAAUGACGAUAGAGAAACGAUUUAUAACAUGACACCUCAAGAUAUUUUGAGAAGUAUGCCAGGUGUUAACUCAAAAAAUUAUAAAAUCAUUAUGAAUCAAGUAGAGAGUUUAGACGAAUUAAUGCAGCUAAGUUUAAAAAGAAUUCAAGAUAUGAUUGGAGAAGAGCCAGGAAGAAAGUUAUAUAAAUUUAUACACACGAAAAACUAUUAA